CUGGGCUCUGCCGGAUGACGCUGCCCGUUUCAGUACUAGAAACAAAGGAGACUGUUGGGCGGUGGUGGCGCGCGCCUUUAAUCCCAGCACUCGACCAGUCUCUGAGUUCCAGGCCAGCCUGGUCUACAGAGCAAGUUCCAGGAUGGUCCAGGGCUACACAGAGAAACCCUGUCUCGAAAGACACACACACACACCCCCCAAGGGGGAUGGGGCCGCAGAAGUCCCAGGGGAAUUUUUUCCUGAUUCUGUCUAACCACCGAGAAAAAAGACGCUGACCUCUCUACCCAGGGGGCUCUGACUGCUCCUACAGGGUGACCUGUGGACAGAGCACUUACGCUGACUGCCGCUUCCCCCAAACCCCACACUGGAUUGGUCCCUGAGGUUUGAGCUGGUGAUCUAGUCUCAAAUAGUUCCUACCGCUAGAGACUUAAGGCACCAUGUUUCCCAAGAAAGGCAGUAGUUUUACCUUUUUUUUUUGUCUUUAUUUGUAGCCCAGGCUUACCUUGAACUUGUUAUGCAGCUAAAGCUGGCUUUGGAUUACUGUUCCUCCUGCCUCUGCCUUCCGAGUGCAAGGACUUCAGGCAAGCAUUAUCACUCCAAGUUAGCAUUUCUAAUCAGUGAGAAUGCUGGCCACUGGGUACAAGGGAGGACUGGAACCUCACUUGUCAUGGGAGUGGCACACACGGGUCCAGGCCCUGGGCAUGGAGUAAUAGCAAGGAGGCUGUAAGGAGGGGCUCCUUGAGGGGAUUUCCUUUUACUGGAUGCUCUUGUACCUGCAGACUCCUCCAUUAUUUGGGCUAGAUGGCUAAACUAGGCAUGGGCCCUGGCGGCCUCACAACCACCCCACUGGCAACCAGCCCUCUUGAGUGUUGACCAACUGUGACAUAAAAGUCCCAGGCGGUUGUUUAUUGUCCCUCUGGGCUUCACUGCUUCUCAGCCCCACCCCCUGCUCAGAUGGCCGAAGGGUGCCUAGAGGGUCAAGAAGGGUUGCCAUGGAAGCAGGGACACCCUUGUUGGACCCACGCCAGUAGGCAGUGCCCAGCCUCGGAGAGGCAGUGGCCAGGCUAUUCCAACAAGGACUGCUCACAGAGACCAUUUGAGAACUUGUGUGGACAGAAUCUUGCUGUGCCUCAGGCUGGCCCCGGACUCAUGAUCCUCCCGCCUCCGUCACCUGAGUAUUUAGGGUCAUGUGCCCGAGUUGCUAUGCUGGCUUUAAAGACUUUUUAUGAAGUUCCUUGGUGUGGCGCCUGCGCCAAUCUGAUGCAUCGGGUGGAAGCCUGGAGACUUAAAUGAAAGACAAGACAUCCGGUCGUUUAUGUUGAGAGAAUGUACCUGCCUGCGUGUGUCUUUAUUGAAAGGAGGGAGCAGCCUUACAUACAGACUUACAGCACAGCGGAGAAACCCCAGGUGCAUCUCCAGACCCAACAGGAGGUGAAGCUGCGCAUGACUGGCAUGGCGCUGCAGGUGGUGAGAACCGACGGCUUCCUGGCACUCUACAAUGGCCUGAGUGCCUCGCUGUGUAGGCAGAUGACCUACUCCCUGACUCGGUUCGCUAUCUACGAGACCAUGCGGGACUACAUGACCAAGGACAGCCAGGGACCUCUCCCCUUCUACAACAAGGUGUUGCUGGGCGGCAUCAGUGGUUUAACCGGAGGCUUCGUGGGGACCCCAGCAGAUUUGGUCAAUGUCAGGAUGCAGAAUGACAUGAAACUGCCCCUGAGCCAGCGACGCAACUACUCUCACGCCCUGGAUGGUCUGUACCGUGUGGCCCGUGAAGAAGGCCUGAGGAAGCUCUUCUCAGGGGCAACCAUGGCAUCCAGCCGCGGCGCCCUGGUCACUGUGGGUCAGCUCUCCUGCUACGACCAGGCCAAGCAGCUGGUCCUCAGCACUGGGUACCUGUCUGACAACAUCUUCACUCACUUUGUCUCCAGUUUCAUCGCAGGAGGAUGUGCCACGUUUCUGUGCCAGCCCUUGGAUGUACUAAAGACCCGCUUGAUGAACUCUAAGGGCGAGUAUCAGGGUGUUCUCCACUGUGCAAUGGAGACCGCAAAGCUCGGACCACAGGCCUUUUACAAGGGCCUCUUUCCCGCGGGCAUCCGUCUCAUCCCCCACACCGUGCUCACCUUCAUGUUCCUGGAACAGCUCCGGAAGCACUUUGGCAUCAGGGUGCCAACCUGACCCCACCAGGGACACCUGGGCCGUGCUCGGUCACUGCGCUGAGAUCCCUGGAAGAGUGGGAGGGGAGUGGACUCCCCGUUCUUGGCUGGGCCCGAGCUCUACCCCCAGCAGGCUUUUCUGUUCCUCCCACCCUUGGGCUGGCUAGGCCUCCUUACCCUGCCUAGGCCAGGGGUUACUUCAGUGGCCUUUGUCCCUUCCUUAGGCUCACUGGGCUGGAACCUCUGCCCUACUUGCUCCCGGGCUUUUGCCCUGUCUCUCCUACCCCAUGAUUCACUCAGGAGAAGAGGUCUGGCUCAGACUGGUAGUGCUGUCUCCCGCCUCCCUGGCUUCUGUGCCGCCCUGCCUGUCAAGCAGGAGGAAGCUGACCACUUCCCGCUCGCUCCCGGCUGGCCCUCCAUACACCCAGCAGCUUCCACCCCGCACCCUAGAUAAGUGUGGUGGGGGUGUGGACCGUGGGCAGCUUCUGCUUACCCGACAACCGGAGCACGAAGCACUUUUGUCAUGAGAGGUACCAUCGUGUUCUGCCCUUGGAGGUGCUGCCUUCAGGGGAGGGAGCAGGCAGUGUGAGCCGCCACCAGCACAUUCCAUGACAGUUGGAGUCCAGAGAAAGUGCCUGAGGUUCCCCUGGGCACUUGUCACACGCAGCCUUGGCUGCUCUAAUGGUCAGUUGUGCCGAACCCUUCGCUCGGCGGCCGCAAGAAACCGGCCGUGUCCCUUGCACAUGUGUGGCCCUCCCUUGCCUGACGUCCCUGGGGACGGGAGGGGGGGAUUGGGGGGGGACAUGCUGGCAGAGCUAGAGCCAUGAUGGCUUGUAUGUGCCCUACAGGGACUUGUCAGCCUGUUAUAUGGCAGUGCUCACCCCUCUCCAUUCCCCCAGGCACUUUCUAAUCGGCCUGGUUUCCCCCAGACAGGGUGCAUCAACACGAGGUUGGGCUUGGUGCCCAUCCCCCCCCCCACAGUCCCCUCGGCAUUGGUCCUCACCCAAGAAGUGGCAGCGGACCCGGGGGGCACUGCCUGCACCCCUCUUGAGGAUCUAAUAAACUAAGUGGUCUAGGGGACCUGCAUGUCUUCCCUGCA